AGCUAGUAGCGCUCCUCCGGCGGUAUGAGGCGGCGUGGGGCUAGGGACGAUGCUUGGGCCGCGACUAGGAGGCACUCGGGAGGCAGGGAGGGCAUGCGAAGGAGCACAGUUCAGUAGUCGCCAUUGCAAGUCCCCCUGUGCUCUCGUAUUCGCGACACUCGUACGCGUGGAGCCGAUUUUCCGCUAACCUAAACUCCCCGCGAGGGCCCAAAGUGUGCCCCCCCGAUGCAGAGAUAUUGCACGGAGCUCACCGAAAGAUUAUUAAAAUCCCUUGACAAGGAAUACAAUGUCGUUGACAUGGGAGCUGUUGUUGAUGUCAUUACGGCCCUGGAAAAGACGACGAUCACCAAAGAAGUUCUGGAGAUUACAAGGCUUGGUAAAUAUAUUAACGAACUACGAAGGAAGACAAAUAAUGAUGCCCUGGCCAAGCGUGCAAAAGAUUUGGUACGUCGUUGGAGAGAUAUGGUUUUACCAUCAGCUCAUUCAACCCCACAACCGACACCUGCUGAUACAGCACCACCUGCCCUUAAUGGAGCAAAGCCUCAUAGUCCAGCCUUAAGAUGUUUCAAACCACAAAGUCCUGCUGUAAGAUGCUUGAAGCCUCAAAGUCCUCUAUUAAGGGAUGCUACUCCUUUAAGAGUUAUCAGCCCAGCUCUAUCUGUGCAUAGUGACCAUUCACGGUCUCCUAAUGCAGCUUCAAAUAAGCAGUCAAUUACACUUACUAGCAACCACCGGAUAAGUUCGGAUGUACCUCCCACACAUAGCUCUUCGAGUCAGAAUCACUUGAUAGAAGCAGUGCCACGGACCCACAGUUCCAAUAAACGACUUCGAAAAGAUGUUUGUAAGGACCAACAUAAUUACCAGGAACAUGAAUCAGACUCGAUUACAGAAUGUGAGCCAUUCGUUAAAAGACAGCGUUUGAAUGGCGAAAACAUAAGUGGUAAUUUAAAUUCGCAAGUGCCUAGCCCUACAUUGAAAGAACGAAUUUCCCAUCAUUUUGUGGAGUCUUCCACUAAUCCUGAUGAUUCAGGUCCAAAAAAACGUGGUAGGAAAAAAGGCAGUAAGUCUAUAAAGAAGCAACCAUACAUAGAGGACCGUGUUAAAGAAAAACUAGCCAGUAUUUCAAGAAAUCCUAAGUUAAAGACAACACAAGAAUUGCUGGCUGAUUUACAAGCACGUGGCUCAAAUUCUAGCAUUAAUUCAAAUGCUCUACCUAGUCAAAGUGUAGAACCACCAAGUAUGGAAGAUGUUUUGAGGAGUAAUAAUGAACAAGUAUCCAAGUUCCUGCGUUGUACUCCAAACAAUACAUCUCACAAAAGUACAGUUUCUGAAACUUCUUUACAAAAUCGGUUAAAAUCUACAGAAAACUGUUGUGAAAUAUCAUCCAAGUGUCAAGAAACAAGUGCAGUGUACGAAGAAAGUCCAAGUACGCAAAACCAACCACAAUCACAUCAAGAUUUAUCGGUUGAGGAGAUACUGGCAAAGUUACCACCAUUAGAUCCAAGUUCGAUAGACUGGAGUGAUUGUGAAACUGAACCCAAUGAAGAUCAAAAUGGUACAGUGUAUCCACCUCAAGAAGUUACUACAGAGGACCUUGAAAGAUUACAUACGCAGUGCAUAGAAGGUCUCAAUGGGAAUUAUCAACCAAAAUUAUUGUCUCUCGCUAGUAACAAUGAAACGUCAGAAAAAGAGGAAGGAGUGUCAGAAUUAAAUGUAAUGAACUGUGAGCAUAGCCAAACUGGUGAAGAAUUUCGAGAAUGGCACCAGAUGCUGGCAAGGCCCAGUUGUGAUGGCCAAAUCCUCCACAUAUUGCCUUAUGUUAUUAUUGAUUAGUAAUUUUAUUAUUCUAUUCUAUUAUUACUCUCUGCAAUUUGUGAGAAGAACCCUGCAAAAAUUAAAUCGAUUGAUUUAUGAUCAAUCUAUUAAAACAAUUUCUAUUGCAA